CGCGGACGGUGGCCGGCAGGCUGCGCGGCCGCCGGCGCGCAGAGCGAUGCAGCUGCCACCCGCGCUGCACUCCCGUCUGUUGGGGGCACCCGGGGCGGCCGAGCCGCUGCCUGUGGAGCGGGACCCCGCGGCCGGGACCCCGCCCUUCCACUUCGCGGCGCGGCGGGUGCACUUCCCGCGGGACCACGAGUUCUUCGAGGACGGGGAUGUGCAGCGACACCUCUACCUCCAGGACGUGCUCACGCAGGUGACAGGGUCGCCCGAGAGGCCCAGGGUGCCCGAGUUCACCUGCCAGGUGGCGGGGUGCUGCCAGGUGUUCGACUCGCUGGAGAACUACGAGCACCACUACCACACCCUGCACAGAAACGUCUGCUCCUUCUGCGGACGGGCCUUCCCGUCCGUCCACCUGCUGGACGUCCACAUUCUGGAGUGGCACGACUCGCUGUUCCAGAUCCUGUCGGAAAGGCAGGACAUGUACCAGUGCCUGGUGGAGGGCUGUGCGGAGAGGUUCAGGAGCGGCAGAGACAGAAAGGAGCACCUGGUGCGGCGGCACCUGUACCCGGCGGACUUCCGGUUUGAUAAACCGAAGAGGAGCGGAGGCCCAGCCACGCCCGGGGCCGCCAUCCAGGAGUCGGCAGAAGCUCUGGGGGAGGGCGAGGAGCAGUCAGGAGGGGACGCCAUGGAUGUCUGCCCUGAGCACGCAGCCCCCCGCCCAGAACCUGUGGGCGAGCGGCGGACGUACGGCCACAGAAUACCUUCUACCAUCUGUUUUGGUCAAGGUGCGUCACGAGGAUUUAAAAACACCAAGAAAAGAAAGGAACACCAGUGACAACAUGGACAGAGAGCCAUGGGCCUCCCAGCAGACCCCG